CAGGCGGCCAUGGCGGCGGGCGCCGGGGUCAGACCGGCGCCGCGCUGGGUGAAGGCGCUAGGUGAGCCGCUCAGCGCCGCGCAGCUGCGGCGGCUGGAGGAGCACCGCUACAGCGCGGUGGGAGAGUCGCUGUUCGAGCCGCCGCUGCAGCUUUACUGGACCUGGCUGCUCCAAUGGAUCCCGCUCUGGAUGGCCCCCAACACCAUCACCCUCAUCGGCCUCGCCAUCAACCUGGUCACCACACUAGUGCUCAUCUUCUACUGCCCUACCGUCACGGAGGAGGCACCAUACUGGACAUACCUUGUAUGUGCCCUGGGACUCUUUAUCUACCAGUCACUGGAUGCCAUUGAUGGGAAACAAGCCAGAAGGACAAACUCUUGCUCUCCUUUAGGGGAACUAUUUGAUCAUGGUUGUGACUCUCUUUCCACAGUAUUUAUGGCCAUCGGCGCUUCAAUUGCUGUUCGCCUAGGAACACACCCUGACUGGUUGUUUUUCUGCUCUUUCGUUGGGAUGUUCAUGUUUUAUUGUGCUCAUUGGCAGACUUAUGUCUCAGGAGUGUUAAGAUUUGGAAAGGUGGAUGUAACUGAGAUCCAGGUAGCUUUAGUGAUCGUCUUUAUGUUGUCUACAUUUGGAGGAGCAACAAUGUGGGACUAUAUGUUGUCUUGAACAACAGUUGACCAACAGGUA